GGUAACGUAGCCUUUGCUGCUGCCUACCUCAUCCUUUCGCUGGUCCACUUUGCAUGGUUUGCAAAGACACGAUGGGCAAGGUGGGUCCUUUGCCUCCCCAUUUCUGAAGCGUUUUCUGCGCUCGGAUUCGCGCUCCGUAUUGCCUGUCGAUAUAAUCAACAGAGCAUAGGACUGUAUGCCAUCGCCAACCUGUUUGUUAUCCUCAGCCCGGCGGCCUUCUUAGCAUUCAACUACAUGCUCUACGGACGCCUGAUGCGAUCCAUUGAUGCGACACUCACGGCUAAUUCUCCUCUACGGCAAAAGUGCGUCUACUCCAUCCUGCCCCCCAAGCUUGUCGGAAGGCUUUUCAUCUGGUCGGACGUCAUCACCUUCCUCAUCCAGGCGACUGGCGGUGGCCUGCAGGCAACAGGCGGAGACAAAGCUGAUCUGGGAGAUAAAAUCUUCCUCAUUGGUGUCAUUUGUCAAGGCAUCUCCUAUCUCAUCUUUGUCGGUCUGUUGCUGACCGCGCACAGAAACAUCGCUCGAGCACCCGGCAGCACCGCUUCUCGCUCAUCCACCAAGACGGCUACAGUGACGCUCUAUCUCUUGUACUUGUCCAGCAUCUUCAUCAUUGUCCGCUCGGUCUAUAGGAUCAUCGAGAUGGCUCAAGGAUAUGGUGGAAAGCUGUACAGUACCGAAAUCUACCUCUUCGUGCUGGAUGCUCUGCCUCUGGCCCUCAGCAACGCCAUUUGGGCCGCUUUCUGGCCUCCCUUCCGACUU